AUGCCGGCAGAAAUCGAAACAAACGGUGAUAUUCAUCAAGAUGUGCUACAAAAGGAAGUGCAACUUGAAGAACCUAUCGUUGCAACGGUCAAGAAUGGAGCGGCCGCUGGCCCAAAGAAGAUGCAAAUGAGCACGAGUGUUGAUACCGCAUCGGUCAGAGCUGCUUACGAAGAUGUGAGAUCCGACAGUACGGACACACAGUGGGCCGUAUUCAAAUUUGAUGGCGCCCGGAUAACUUGCGUGGACACAGGGUCGGACUUUGACAAAUUCAAAGAACACUUCUCGGAGAACGAGCGAGCGUUUGGGUACAUGAGGAUCCAGACAGGUGAUGAAAUGUCGAAAAGGCAAAAGUUCAUCUUUAUCACAUGGAUCGGACCUUCCGUGAACAUACUACAGAGGGCGAAAAUGUCCACUGACAAGGCUGUGAUGAAAAAUAUUGUUUCGAACUUUGCUGCCGAGCUUCAGCUAGACCAGAUUUCCGAAAUCGAUCUCAAAUACUUCAUAGAAGAACUGAAUAAAGCAGGAGGUGCAAACUACGGCACCGGCGUUAGAGAGAACUGAGUCAUUAUUUUAUUACAUAUAACUAAUAUAUUUUAUGUAUAUAUAAUUUUUGUACUACCAUGUAUAUGUUUAAUAAAUACAGUAAAUCAACCAUUUCAUAUUAA